GUGUACAGAAGGGACAGAUAUACAGUCUAUAUGAUUGUAGUGUAUCGUUACCUGCUUGUUAUUGGCUCUGGUCAAAUAGAUAUGAUAUAGAUUCUAGUCCCGUUUUCGUAUAUUUUUCGGGAUAAGGUUUCUUUCACACUAGUGACAGAUAUUUAGGGAAACAAAAUCUAAGGCACUUUCAUAUAUGUCACUCACAUCGCAAAUUGAACACCAUUACAAAUACUGACAGUAACUGUCAUACUGAGGGGCAUGUCAGUUUAUCCUGUAAUUUCACUAGUUCCCACUCAAUACUGCAAGAGAUGAGAAUUUAAUAGACAACCUAAAGCAAUGUCAGCGAUAAGCCCAAAGAAACGCAACAGUAUAUUUGAUGAUUCAGAUGACUCUGAUGGAGAACAAGAGAGUACAAAGGACACACAACCAAAGUUACCUCGGAAGGUGAACAAAACGUCCAAAGAGGAAAAUGCACGGACUAAAAAAGUGGAAGGAAGGAAGGAGACUGACAAAGUAAAAAAAAAAUCCAUUCCAGAAAAAGGAAAGGAGAAAGACAAAGCACGAAAAAAAUCCACUCCUGUAAAAGGAAAGGAGAAAGACAAGGUACAAACAAAAUCCACUCCUGAAAAAGGAAAGGAGGAAGACAAAGCACGAAAAAAAUCCAAUCCAGGCAAAGGAAAGGAGAAAGACAAAGUACAAACAGAAUCCACUCCAGAAAAAGAGGCAAGCGCAGAGGAGUCUCCUACUAAAGAGGAAAAUGAGGUUGCAGGAGGAGAGGAGGAGAUGACGCUGACCCCGGCACAAAUGGCCCUGAUGGAGAAGAAGCGACAACAGGCACUUUUAAUUCGAAGGGAGAAGAUGAACAGAAGGAAUCCUUACAUAAGAGCUGAAGAGAAGAAGAAGGACAGUGUAAAGGUGAUUCGCGUGCAAGAUACCAAGUUAAUUGACACUGGUGCUGGCUUCUUCAUUGAGGAAAACGAAAAACCUAGCAAUGAGAUCACAGAUGAUGACAUGGAUGCUGCUAUGAAAUUGGUAACAGAACCAGCACCACUGUUUGAAGAGGACAGACCAUUUUGUUUAGAAUGUGAUCAACCGUUCAACAAUUCAUUUCUCUUUCACAACUUUGACCAUCCAGUAUGUGAUCAGUGCAGAGAUAAUGAUGACAAGCAUGCACUCAUCACAAAAACAGAUGCUAAGAGUGAGUACUUGUUGAAGGAUGUAGAUUUGGAGAAGAGAGAGCCGCCUCUGAAGUUUAUUGUGAGAAAAAACCCUCACAAUUCACAAUGGGGUGACAUGAAGUUGUACCUGAAAUCUCAGAUUGAGAAACGUGCUCUCCAUGUGUGGGGCUCAGAAGAGGCCAUAGAAGAGGCCAUGGAAAAGAAGGAAGAACAGAGAGAAAUAAGUAAACAAAGGAAGUACAACAAGAAGAUGAAAGAACUGAGAAUGAACGUAAGGAGCAGCUUAUACACUCGAGCAACAAAAACACAUGAACAUGAAUAUGGUGAAGAAGUCUACCUUCCUGACGAAGAUGAAUAUUCUCGGACGUGUAAAACUUGUGGCCACAGUUAUACCUAUGAUAAGAUGUAGUAGCAGCUAUGUGGGAAAAAUGCGCCUGUACUCAUUAGGUUAUAAUCAGGGACUAUUUAUAUAUUUAUUUUCUUAAUGCCUUGAGUUUUUUGUGAGCUGGGCAACAUUUUGGCAUUUGAACUUUUGUAUUUAACAGAUGGAAAAAAAUAAAAACAUUAAUAGCUGAGAUUUUAAAAAUU